UAGAUAUUAUUUUUCAUCUUUUCGUAUGCAAAAAUUCGUGUUUUAAUAAAAAAUUGAAGUUUAUACUGAAAAUGAAGCGUCAGAAUGUUCGUACUUUGUCUCUAGUUGUUUGUACUUUUACAUAUUUGUUGGUGGGUGCUGCGGUUUUUGAUGCACUUGAAUCUGAUACAGAGAGCAAGAGAUGGGAAGUCUUAUCAGAGUUAAAGAAUGGUUUGGUCCGCAAGUACAAUAUUUCAGCUGAGGAUUAUCUUAUGAUAGAGGUUGUGAUAAUAGAGAAUAAGCCGCACAAAGCUGGACCACAGUGGAAAUUUGCCGGAGCUUUCUAUUUUGCUACUGUUGUGCUGGCAAUGAUUGGGUAUGGACAUUCCACACCUGUUACUGUCGGUGGGAAAGCAUUUUGUAUGGCCUAUGCAAUGGUGGGCAUUCCACUGGGCUUGGUUAUGUUUCAAAGUAUUGGUGAGCGUUUAAACAAGUUUGCAUCAGUUGUGAUCAGAAGAGCUAAGUGUUACUUGAGAUGUGAAACCACUGAGGCCACAGAAAUGAAUUUGAUGUUUGCUACUGGCAUGCUGUCCUCGAUCAUUAUAACUACAGGUGCAGCAGUAUUUUCCAGGUAUGAAGGAUGGAGCUAUUUUGACAGCUUCUACUACUGUUUCGUGACAUUAACAACAAUAGGGUUCGGAGAUUAUGUAGCAUUACAGAAUGACCAAGCCUUAACCAGUAAGCCAGGCUAUGUGGCCCUGAGUCUGGUAUUCAUUUUGUUUGGCCUGGCUGUUGUGGCUGCUAGCAUUAACUUGCUGGUACUACGAUUUAUGACUAUGCAAGCAGAAGAAAAUGCUCGUGAGGAGGACAAAGACAGUUCUGGCACUAUAUUACCACUCGAUGGACACGUCAUCACAACGCGACGACGCUCGCACGAAGACCAGGCCUCGGUGUGUUCGUGCAACUGCCUUGGCAAUAAGCAGAGCGAGAGCGGCGCACUGCUGCCCUCCAUGACGCUGCGCUACUGCAACUCCUACGACCCGGAGCUCGUCGAACGCGCUUCUAUUUAAUCUAGAUCUUUCUACACAUUUUAUUUUAUGGUCUUGCCCACAUUACGUCCCUAUUGUUACAUUCUAGGAUCUCGUCAACGUAUCCUUUGGUCACCCCCUUGCGUUGUGACUUGUGGCAAAAUGCAGAAGACCUCUUACAUCAGUGGUACUCAACCUUUUUUCUAUACAGGCCACAAACACGUUUUGGUCU